UCACCCGUUCGCACCUAUCGUGUCAACAACUAUAAAAGGAUGCCUCAAUAACAAAUGUGACAGUAUAUAAAACGAUGCACCAAAAAAAUUAAACCAUUCACUCGAUUGCAGACCGGUAGGCAACACUUGGCAAGGAUGAAAUUUCCCAUAAUUUCAGUAUUGGUGCUCAUAUUCCUGAUGGCAGGAGCAGCAAAAUCAAGUCAAAGCCGUCAAAAACGUUUCAUCCUUUUGAAGAGACUUCUACAGAUGAACGGUGCUGGCGGUGAUUCCCCCCUGUUUCGGGACCCAGCACCUUCGUGUCCACCCAUCUACAUUCAACAACAAUCACAAACCGCGGCUACACAGACGCCCUAUUACACGACUACUCCUGCCCCUUAUUAUACGACCACGCCAACCCCAUAUUACACAUCACCAGCUCCGCCGGCUUACAACCCUCCACCUACAUACGACUAUACUACACCGGCACCACCACCAGCUUAUGGUAAAUCAACUUACCUACAAAUGCCACCAAUCUACAAACCACCUACACCGUCUUACGUUCCGGAGCAGAAUUAUAAUCAGCAGCAGGCUCCGUCAUCGUACCAAUCUCCACUUAUGCCACAGCACAUGUUCUGAAAUUAAAACAAGAAGUUUAGUAUAUAGAAUGAAAAAUGCACAGGUUGCAAAUGUCAAAAUUCAUCACUAAGCCUUCGAAUGUAAACUCAAUUUGCUAUGUACGUCAACUGCUAAUACACAAACGGCAUUUUGAAAAAUUAUUUGAAACGAAA